AUGUUGUCGGAAAGAUCUGUGAAAUUGAUGCAAGACCAAGGAGUGCUGCAGAACAAAAUACUGCAAGCCAUCAAGGACAAGGCAUCUAUACCAGCAAUAGAAGCAUUGGUAGACCAAUUUACUACUAACAACAAUGCGCUGGUAAAAUUGGGAGUUGGCGAUCAUCAAUAUUUUAAUGACAAAAUAUUUAUUAAAACUAUGGAUGCUGUCAAGGCCUACAAGGAGUCGCAAUUAAAGGUAGAAACACUUGAAGAGGUAAAUAUACCAAGUGGAUCAAAAUUAUCUGAUUCCGCAUCAGCUCGGAGCUCCAGUCCAGUUGAUAAUCUGGUUCAACUGGUGGACAGAAGAGCGGACAGGGUGAGGCAACAGAUAAGCCUAAUAUACGAAACCCUGGAUAGUUCAAGUGAGAUUGAACUAGUCAAGCAGCUGGCAAUGAUGAAAAGUCAUUGGUCCAACGUGACGGACACACUGAAACUGCUUGAAAACAAGUAUGACAGAACUGCCUUUGAUCAAGAUGAGGUAGACAUUCUGCAAUCUGAUGUUGCCGCACUAGAGAUGGUACUUCAGAGGAAGUUGGAACAGUUCAAAAGUUCCAACUACGACGUGCCAGAACUCCCAAAAGUGGACCUUCCAACGUUCAAUGGAAAUGCGAAGGAAUGGCCAACAUUUUACGAGCUGUUCUCUGAACUAAUAGACAGCAGGAAGGAUCUCAGCAAUACAAGGAAGCUGGGAUAUUUAAGAGCCUGCUUAAAAGGAGAAGCUCAAAUGGUGGUUAGCCAUUUGAUAACGGGAUCAGCGGCUAGCUAUGCAGCAGCGUGGGAGCUUAUCUGCAAACGCUAUGAGAAUAGCAGAAAAAUAUUCUCCCAACACUUUAACAAAUUAAUGGAACUGGAGUGCUUGCCGCCCCACGAUGAGAAAAUUUUAGGAAAGUUUUUGGAUACUGCGACCGAGAGCAUAUUCAUCAUAAAGCAAAAAGGAAAAAUAGGAAGCUCUGCUGACGUAAUUUUAGCUGAAAUUCUGCUGCGAAAAUUUUCACCAGAAGCCUUGCAGCUGUAUGAACAGCAUGUAAAAAAGGCAAGAGCUAUACAGUCCUUACAAGAUGUACUAGAGUUUAUUGAGCAACAAUACAACUCAGUAAAUGCCAUUUCCAAAAAUACCGCUCAGCUUGCUACAAGAAAAGUGCAAGUUAGAUCGUGUGCCUUUUGCUCUAAGGAUGGCCACGAUAUGAUAAAGUGUCUCAAAUUUAGAGCACAAUCAAUCGAAAAAAGAAAAGAAUUCGUUCAAAAGAACAGCAUGUGCUUUAGAUGCUUUGGAAAGCAUAAUGCUAUCGAUUGCAGAAAGGAAAUUACAUGCAAUCGAUGCUCCAAAAGACACAACAGCCUUCUUCAUGAAGAGACAAAACGCAGUAUCAACAGCAAUAGCCUUAAGCAAGGCCAAGACACACUAUUGGCUACAGCUGUUGUUUUAGUGAAAAACAAAGCUGGAGGUUACAACGAGUUGAGGGCGCUUAUUGACGGUGGAUCCCAGAAGACGCUGAUUUCAGAGGAAGCAGCACAAAUAUUAAGGAUUCCCAGAGUAAGAAGUACUAUAGAGGUCGAAGGUAUCUCCCAGACUACUCAAGUAUCAAAAAAUAGUGUCCACCUGACGAUCAAACCAAAAAUUCCAAGCAGCUUCAAAGCAUCAACGGAAGCAUUGGUUUUACCAACACUCCAUAGAGCCCUUCCCAGCAAAAAGUUUGAUAUUGAUAUCAACAAAGAGUGGAAAGGCUACAGGCUAGCAGAUCCACGAUUCAACGAGCCAAGCAGAAUUGACAUGGUGAUAGGUGUGGAUCUAUUUCCCCUGAUUAUGAUGGAAAAAAUAAAAACCGUGAAUGGAAUCUUGGGACAAAAAACCAAAUUUGGAUGGAUUGUGUCUGGAAAUAUAACUCGAGCAGCAAAGCACAAAAUUAUAAGUGCCACUACCACAAUAAAUCUAAAGGACCUGGAUCGCUUUUGGGAAUUGGAAGAUGAAGCCGAUGAGACGAUUACAGACAAUGCAGAAUGCGAAAGAAAAUUCAAAGAAACAACUGUCAUCAACGAGGAAGGCAGAUUUGUGGUGUCAAUUCCAUUCCGCCAAGAGGCAAAGCUGGGGGACUCUCGCAAACAGGCAAUAGCAAGGCUCAUGCAAAUGGAAAAGAAGUUUCAAAGAAACCCAAAGAACUGGGCUGCAUACAACGAAUUCAUGAAAGAAUACCUUAAGAUGGGACAUAUGGAAUCUGUAAAGACAACGGGUCAAGGUAAAUACUAUUUACCCCAUCAAGCAAUCAUCAGGCCUGGAAGCUUAACUACGAAGCUACGAGUAGUUUUUGACGCAUCCGCAAAAACGACAAAUGGACUAAGCCUAAAUGACGUUAUUAUAGCUGGUCCUAAGAUUCAAAAGGAUAUAUUCGAUAUUCUAAUUAAAUGGCGCAAGUGGCAAUAUGUUAUGGUAGCUGACAUUGAAAAAAUGUAUCGCCAAAUAAAGGUUGCUGAGAAAGACCAAGAAUACCAAUAUAUCCUAUGGAGAGAUGAUCCAAAAUUGCCGAUCAGUGAGUUUAAGUUAACAACCGUAACUUAUGGCACCUCGGCAGCACCUUUCUUAGCAGUCCGAUGUCUACGAGAGCUGGCAGAUCGGUUCUGCCAAGAGGAUAGCGUCUUAGCAGAAACAAUAAGAGACGACUUUUAUAUGGAUGACCUCAUUACUGGUGGAGACACAGUCAACGAGUGCUAUGAACGUCAAAGGAAAUUGAGACAAGUGAUGGAGAAGGCCGGCAUGCAUCUGCGAAAAUGGGUUGCAAAUGACGAACGUAUUUUAGCCGACAUUCAGGACGACGGAGCUACAGAGAAAAUCUGCAUUGAGGAGAAUGAAUCGAUCAAAACCUUAGGACUUCAAUGGGAUCCGAAGAAGGAUACAUUUACGUUUUCGGCAGAAAACCCAAUGCUAACACGCAUAACAAAGCGAAACUUUUUUAUAAAUACUGCUUCUCUUGCUGCAAUGGACAAUGCAACAUAUUCGGCCUCCGUGCUGGAUAAUGCCACCAGACUUUUCUUCUUGGACUUCCAGGAUAUUGGACCAGCUGCGUUUAUGAAGACAUAUCCACUGUAG